AUGGCCGCCACUAAUUAUACUAGUAACAACAACAAGGAGAAGAUCAUUAAACGUCUCGAUUGGAUCCGACAAGACUUCACAUUGACUCCCGCUAUAUUUAAAGCCAUUGUAGAAGGAUUCAAGCAAGAAUGCGACCAAGGCCUCAACACAGCAUCAGCUUCAGGGCUUGCCACCAUGAUCCCAUCCUACGUUACUCGUCUUCCAACAGGUCAUGAAACCGGAAUUUACCUCGCCCUUGAUCUCGGUGGCAGCACAUUACGCGUCUGUGCAGUGCAACUCCUAGGCCAAGGACAAGUCAAUGUUACCGAAGUUCGACGCUCGAUUACGGACCAGUUACGAACAUCCUCAACCAUUGUUUUCUUUGAUUGGAUCGCCGACACGGUUGCGGAGCUGUAUGCAUUACUGCCAAACCAACAUGUAGCACGCGACAAUGAUGCAUCACCUCCACCGCAGCUGGCCAUGGGCGUAAGCUGGAGCUUUCCAUUAGACCAAACAGGGAUCAGCAAAGGUACCAUACUCCGCAUGGGCAAGGGGUUCACCGUUACAGAUGGGAUCGACGGCCAGGACCUCGCCACCUUUUUCCUUGAAGCUUUCCAACGCAAGAAUAUCCCCGUGGUUGUCACUGCCAUUGUCAACGAUACCAUAGGAGCUCUUGUUGCACACGCAUACAGCAAUCCACAAGCCCGGGUUGGCUUCAUCUACGGCACUGGUGUGAAUGCUGCGUACCCAGAAAAAGUAUCACGGAUCAUCAAGCUCAACGUCGCCGAAUGGCAGGACACUGCCACUGAAAUGCUUGUCAAUACCGAAAUAGAUAUUUUUGGAAAUGAGUCCUACUUGCCACUCACACGUUUCGAUCGUGCCUUGGAUGCAAGCCACGCACAACCUGGGUUCCAACCAUAUGAGAAAAUGAUGUCUGGAGCCUAUCUUGGCGAGCUGGUGCGACUUGUCGCUGUUGAUCUCGUGAAUGAUCGAGAGUUGUUUGAUGGCCAUGUGCCGUACCUGUUGGCUCAACCGUGGUCCUUCUUAACUGCUCAUAUGAGUGAAAUCGAAGGAUACUCAAGUGAUGAUCAUCAGCUUGUUGUCAGUCGCGUUACCGAGUUGCUUCAAUUUGCCGAUAACUAUACCCCCACUGAAGCUGAUAUCGAUGUCUUUUUGGAUAUCUGCGUCAUGGUGUCUACGCGUGCUGCUGGACUUGCUGCUGCCGCCCUCGUUGCCAUUAUCGAACAACAAUCGUUUAAACCCGAUCAAGACAUUGUCGUUGGUGUGAACGGCACGACAUUUGAAAUGUACCCAGGCAUGCCACAACGGAUCCACCGAGCGCUGGAACAAUGGUUCGGCGAAAGCAUAGCCAAGCGUAUCAAAUUAGAAGUGGCUCGUGACGGCGGAAGUAUUGGUGCCGCCCUUGUUGCCAUGCUGUACCAAGAAGGGUAA